AUGGCCAAGAGGGGAAAGACUCACGGGGCCUGUGCGCUCAGUCCGUCGCCCGUCACCCGCCAAGCGAGAAUCCACCCCGCAAUCGAGGCGCCGCCGUUCCGUCUUCAACCUGAGGUGGACCUGGAAGGCGCGAUGCUCGCAAGGCUUGCGACGCUUAAACGAGGAUAUAUGUGCGUCGCUAUGUGUCUCGUCAAGUAUCCGGACGAUAAGCAAAACCACUUAGUCAACCACGUCAAGGUAACAGGUGUAGUGGUAGAGCGGAACCCCUCAUUCCAGGUAAACGAGCCGCGAACGACGACACGGACCAAGACGGGCGAUUUUCUCAACGGGAGACCGGGACAGCGCGGCGUGCCGGAGGCGACAACCAGGCAUGUGCCAGUCCUCAACCCCGGCCCAUUCGACCUUAAUGCGUUUCCUCCCUUCCGUCGCUUCCCCACGGGAAGCAUAUUGAUUAAAUGUGUCUGGACGAGUAAUGUCACCGGGCGAGAAUGUGCAUCUUAUUCGUGCCGUCGUGGCGCACCACACGAGUCUACCUUACCUUCGUACCUUGUUUCUUGGACCUGCCUUACCUCGACUAAGCCAAGGUACUACUUUUCAAUAUCUUACGACACUCCAUUCGUGGUACCUGUUGAUACGUUCUUCUCAGUCCUGCCUCGCGUCCCUCACAAGUACCCUCGUCCAUGUUCUCCCGCCAGCGAUCGACUGUUGAAGAAGGUCCCGGCUAAGGAGGAGCCAGCUACGGGGCACUCUGAGCUUGUGCCUGCCUUACCUUUUCAUCAUAAGGCCGGCACGACGGGAACUCUGAACAAUGGAGAGGAAGGACCAGGCACGGUCACUCAGCGCCGGGAAAGAACCGACAUCGUCGCUUCCUCUGCUGGUGUUUCUUUCUUGCCCGACGUAAAUUGGAAGGUCAUCACCCAGUCAUCCAAAUUCUCCAGCAGUUUGGACUCUCCCUUUUCGUCUCAGACUGACAGCCGAGAAUUCCGCAUACCCGGCCGUUGCCCACGUUGUCUCCUUCCCUGUUGUGUCCUCUCCUCCGUACCUCCGUACCGCCCGCCGUACCUCCGUACCCAUCUGCCAUUUGCCAUCUGCCAACGUCCAUUCCGCAUCUGCCGUCUGUCACCACCCACCAUCAACCACCACCCACCACCACCACCACAACCUCCAUCCUCAACAUCUUCAGCUCCGUCUCGGCAGCGAUUUUUCCAUUCCAGCCGGACCAACACCCUGAGACGCAUCGGAUUCCUCCAGCUCUACCCAAGCUACCCCUCUCUGAUCUCUGACUAUCGACACGACUGCCUUACCUCCUUCAACUUCCUUCGCGGCUUCGUCUUGGUUCAAGGGAUGCCGCACGCCAGACGCACGCCAACCCACCAGCCCACUCACACUCGCACCAGACCAGACCGCCUGGCUAGGAGAAGGACGGGAGUGACGGGCUUUUCAACUCUCGCCAAUCAUGUUGGCAUCAUAGCGACAAUGGAGCAUCGCCACACAAUACUUUCUGUGCCAUCAAGGGCGGCCCUCCCUUGCCCGGCCACAGUCGAGCUCGGUGUGACCCAGGCCCUAACACCGACCAGGUCCAACCCCGGACGAACACCAUCAAAAAACACAAAAGUCGCUGCCCCACCGUGGGAGCUGCGUACCCCUGUACCUGAAUCUGGCCUCGAGAUGUCUACCCGGGUUCAAUUAUCGAAGAAGACAUCGUCAAUCGGAAAUCCACGCCGAAUGCUCAUUCAUCCUUGGGACGAUGCCAGCAAUUUCGACACAAAAUGCAUACACGCCAAGGAAACACUGCUGAGAAUCUCCUCUUGGCUCUUUGAAAUGAACUACUCUUUGCGAGGUAUUGUCCCUCUAGCUCAAUCGCAUUCGCGAUCUCCGGGCGGGAGUUACAGUCCGGCAGAUGAAAGCCGGUCGUUAUCCAGCUUCCCCACCAUCUCGUCAACAUCGCAUUCAACAUGGCACUGCCACGGUACAACAAUCGAUCCGACGUUUACAGCCAACGACAAACUUGGCCCCGAAUGUUUCGGUCUCGAACACAACGCCAGCUUACCGAGUCGCGGUCCUGCGCCAGACGUGUGCGCGGCAAUCAAUCACCGACAUUAUCCUCGCCUUGCGGUCUGGAAUGAUUCAGUCGCCCUCAUCGCCAGCUCGCAUCACCCACACAGGAGCGUCUUCCUAGCAGCCAUGUUCUGGCUACUGGUACGCUUCGAUUUUCCGCUCGUCGCGAACAUACAUUUGCCUGCCAACCUGCUAUUUGUUUAUCAGCCAGACAGAAUAGGCAGCUUGCCCGUCUGCGAUACGCACGCACAAACUCCAGCCGCAUUCUCCACGAUGACGUACCACAGCACGCUCGGGAUGGGUGGAAACCUGCCGAUGCCCUACGUUACUGCCCCGCACUUGACCGAACGCGGGGGGCUGGCCACCCAGCCCUGGUCCUGGACUGCUAGGCGAUGGCCGCAGGGACACCACGACGCUGAUUCUUAUGCCCUAUCUUCUAGAGUAAGGCUGGCGCCGCUCGCUGGCCAGAGGGGGCAAUUCCUCACCAUGCCGCUCCACCGACGCUGCUGA